CAACUUUGACCUAACCUCCAAAUUGAUGCAGUAACGAAAUUAAAAAAUAUUCAUAGAAGUCAUUAACACCUUUCUUGUGAUUUUUACCGAAUGCAUUACCACUAUGUUGAAGCUGAGCAUCUCUGAGGUGGCCUCAACUCUUCGUGACGGCAAAAUCUCGCCCAUAGAUUUAUGCAAGAAGUGUCUCAGUAGGGCUGAAGAUGUGAAAAAAUUGAAUGCGUUUGUAAGAAUACUGGAUAAGGAAGCUCUGAAUGGAGCUUCUGAAAGUCACCUCAAGUUUCAGCAAGAAAAAGUAAGAAGUAAAUUAGAAGGUGUAACAAUCGCUGUAAAGGACAACUUUUGCACUGAGGGUAUCACCACAACGUGCUCGUCAAGAAUGUUGAAUGAUUUUGUGCCAACUUACAAUGCUACAGUCGUCCAGAGACUGCGAGAUGCUGGUUCUAUCCUAAUUGGCAAAACUAACAUGGAUGAAUUCGCUAUGGGAUCAGGAACAGUUGAUUCUAUUCACGGAGUCACCAAGAAUAUUUGGGGCUCUGAUAUCCCUUACACGAUAGGCGACAAAUCGGUCAAUGAUGGAAAUUGGUCACAAGAUGGCGAAAGGGUUGCCGGAGGCAGCUCUGGUGGGAGCGCAGUGGCCGUCGCGACGGGCGCCUGCUAUGCUGCCCUUGGUUCGGAUACUGGUGGAUCAACAAGGAAUCCAGCAGCAUAUUGUGGAAUUGUUGGCUUGAAACCAACGUACGGAAGUGUAUCCAGGUAUGGUCUGAUUCCAUUGGUUAACUCAAUGGAUGUGCCAGGAAUAAUGGCUCGAUCAGUUGGUGAUGUAGCCCAUGUUUUUAAUGUAAUAUCUGGAUUUGAUGAGAAUGAUUCUACAACUCUAGAAAGAAACAAAUCAGCAGUCGUUUUGGAUGAUAGAUUCAAUAUAAGUAAUUUAAAAGUGGGAAUUCCAAAGGAAUAUCACUGUCCUGGAAUGUCACCUGUGGUUGUUGAUGCUUGGAAACGAGUGGCCAAAAUCUUGGAGGAAGCCGGUGCUAAUGUUUCUCAGGUAUCCUUACCACACACUGGAUUCUCAAUAGCCUGCUACUCUGUCCUGAACCAGUGUGAAGUAGCCAGCAACAUGGCUCGAUAUGAUGGACUUGAGUACGGUCUCCGAUCAGAUCAGACCAAAUCCACAGAGCAGUUGUAUGCUGAUUCCAGAAAGCGUGGGUUCAAUGAUGUUGUUAGAGGCCGAAUAUUGGCUGGAAAUUAUUUUCUUAUUCAAAGUAACUACGAAAAGUAUUUCAUGAAAGCGAUGAAAGUGAGAAGACUAAUAGCAAACGAUUUCAAAAAUGUCUGGUCGAAAGUUGAUUUGCUGCUCACGCCUGUGACUCUCUCCGAACCUCCGCUCUUGAAAGAAUUCAUAAAACUUGACAACAGAGAACAGUGUUCAACACAGGACUUCUGCACACAACCUGCCAACAUGUCAGGUUGUCCGGCUAUUUCUCUUCCUGUCUGCUUAUCUUCCAGCAAUCUACCAAUCAGUUUACAAUUGAUGGCUCCGAACUUCCAAGAACAGUUACUUCUAUCUGCUAGUCAUUGGUUGGAAAAUGAGCUAGAAUUUCCAAAACUUGAAGUUGUAUAGCUUGAAUUCGUGUAAAUAUACAUAGAGAUCAUCGUAUAAAUAUACCUAGUAUUUAUUCAAAU